UGUUGCGAGUGCCGUAAAUCUCUUACUAAGACAAAAUCUCUUACUAAAAAACCACAAUGAUUGUGACCUCCGUAAAGUGACCACUAGUGUCUCUGUGUGUGUUUCCCAGGUCAAAGACAGGACAGAGCUGGAGGGGAGCGGCGUGGGAAGGCUGCAGUUCUCGGAUGACGAGGACUUAUCCGAGUCGGGCUCCGGCUACUCAGGGAGUGGGUUCGAACCUGUGGAUGUGGACAUUAUCAUUGAUGACGAGGUGACGACGCCCACCAAGCGGCCCCUGCUGGCCUCCAGCACCACCACCACCACCAGCACCACCACCACCAGCCGGCCCCUCAGCGAGUGCGAGAAGCGGCGUCGGGCCAGCCAGCAGCUGGUGGGCCGCUACGUGCCUCGCUGCCUGGACAACGGCGACUUUGACCUGCUGCAGUGCCGCGGACACCCGGGCACGGGCGACUGCUGGUGCAGCGAUCUGGACGGCCGGGAGAUCCCGGGCUCGCUCAUGGAGGCCCCCAACUUCCCCGAGUGUGAAGAGGGCAGCAACCUGUCUCCCUGCACCUACCAGAUGAUCAAGCACAUCCGCGGCCAGCUCCUGGGCUCGUUCCGGCCGCGCUGCACGGUGGACGGCCAGUUUGAGCGCAAGCAGUGCCACGUGGACACCUGCUUUUGCGUGGACGAGGGCACGGGCCAGCGCAAACCGGGCACAGAGGUUCACAUUCCAGACACACCCGACUGUGAUGACGAUUCCGUAGAUAUGAUAGAGACCACCCCGGUAGGCUUGAAGCCUGACAGGAACCAGGGCAACGAGCAGGACAUUGACAUUGAUGAUGAUUCACAGGUGAUCUACCACCACAACACUGGAGAAGGCAAGGGCUCUGAUUCUCUGGACCUGGAUGUGAAUAUUGAGGGCGGAGAGAGUGAGGAAGAUCUGGAGGAGGAGGAGGAGUUGCCGAUGGAGGAGACGAACGAGACUGGCACAGGUUCGGACGCCGAGGUGGCUAAGAAGAAACACAACAAGGUGGAGGAGGCCAGUGAGAUUAUGACACAGCCCGGCAUUCUGGCUG